AGGGCGCGAGGGUGAUAAUUGGCCGCGGCAGGGGCCCCGCCCGCGAGUGGAGGGCGAUCACGUGACGCGACGGCUGGGGGCUCCCGGCGCGGGGGACGCUGGUGGCCAAGAUGGCGGCGGAACUGGUGGAGGCCAAAAACAUGGUGAUGAGUUUCCGAGUCUCCGACCUUCAGAUGCUCCUGGGUUUUGUCGGCCGGAGUAAGAGCGGACUUAAACACGAACUUGUCACGCGGGCCCUCCAGCUGGUCCAGUUUGACUGUAGCCCCGAGCUGUUCAAGAAAAUCAAGGAGCUCUACGAGACGCGCUACGCCAAGAAGAGCUCAGAGCCUGUACCCCAACCCCACCGGCCCCUGGACCCUCUGACCAUGCACUCCACCUAUGAGCGGGCCAGCUCGGUACCCAGGACUCCCCUCACUGGCCCCAACAUUGACUACCCCGUGCUCUACGGGAAGUACUUAAAUGGACUUGGACGGUUGCCUGCCAAGACCCUCAAGCCAGAAGUGCGCCUGGUGAAGCUGCCCUUCUUCAACAUGUUGGAUGAGUUGCUGAAGCCGACGGAGCUGGUUCCACAGAAUAACGAGAAGCUUCAGGAGAGUCCCUGCAUCUUCGCCUUGACCCCCAGACAGGUGGAGCUCAUCCGGAAUUCCAGAGAACUGCAGCCUGGGGUCAAGGCCGUGCAGGUUGUCCUAAGAAUCUGCUAUUCAGACACCAGCAGCCCUCAGGAAGACCAGUACCCACCCAACAUCGCUGUGAAGGUCAACCACAGCUACUGCUCGGUGCCGGGCUACUACCCCUCAAACAAGCCUGGAGUGGAGCCCAAGAGGCCGUGCCGCCCCAUCAACCUUACCCACCUCAUGUACCUGUCCUCGGCCACCAACCGCAUCACUGUCACCUGGGGCAACUACGGCAAGAGUUAUUCCGUGGCCUUGUACUUGGUGCGGCAGCUGACCUCCUCGGAGCUGCUGCAGAGGUUGAAGACCAUCGGGGUCAAGCACCCGGAGCUGUGCAAGGCACUGGUCAAAGAGAAGCUGCGCCUGGACCCUGACAGCGAGAUCGCCACCACGGGCGUGCGGGUCUCCCUCAUCUGCCCGCUGGUGAAGAUGCGGCUGUCCGUACCCUGUCGCGCAGAGACCUGCGCGCACCUGCAGUGCUUCGACGCAGUCUUCUACCUCCAGAUGAACGAGAAGAAGCCCACCUGGAUGUGCCCGGUGUGUGACAAGCCGGCCCCCUAUGACCAGCUCAUCAUCGACGGGCUCCUCUCCAAGAUCCUGAGUGAGUGCGAAGACGCGGACGAGAUUGAGUAUUUGGUGGAUGGCUCGUGGUGCCCGAUUCGCGCCGAGAAGGAGCGCAGCUGCAGCCCCCAGUGCCCCAUCCUCGUGCUCGGCACCUCGGACGCCAAUGGGCUCCUCUCUACCCCCAGCGUCAACGGUGGGGGCGGCAGCGUGCUUGGGAGUGCGGGCAGUGGAGGUGGCCCAGUGGGCAGCGUGGAGAACGGGAAGCCGGGAGCUGAUGUGGUGGACCUAACGCUGGACAGCUCGUCAUCCUCGGAGGAGGAGGAGGAAGAAGAAGAGGAUGAGGAGGACGAGGACGAGGAGGGCCCCCGGCCCAAGCGCCGCUGCCCCUUCCAAAAGGGUCUGGUGUCGGCCUGCUGACUGCUGGCCGCCGCUGCGCCGGCCGGACACACGACUUUCCUGGUGCUCACCACUUGGAGGGGCACAGGCGGGCCUUGGGCACAGAGGGAGGAGUGAUUUUUUUUUUUUCUUUUCAUUGUUCAUUUUGUUUUUUCCACCCCUUUCCCUGGCUCCUGGCACCUGUACCUCUGGACUCUCCCAUCGGAGGAUUAAAAAAAAGGAAAAUGACAAAAAAAAAAAGUAUAAAAAAAGAAAACAAAAAAGCAAACUUAAAAACAAGGCAAACCACCCACACAGCCGCUUCCCCGGCCGGUGUCGGAGCCCAAAGUCGGAGCCGACCCUGGGAAGGGUAGGGGGGAGGCCCAGGACGCCUUGCCCCCCGACGACCAUUCCAGCUGGUGCGAGGGACCGGGUGGUGGGAGUUCAGGGAGGACUAGCAGCCGAGUGGCCCUCUCCCUGGCAGCGGUGGCAGCGGUGGCCACAACUCUUGACAUUCAUCUGUUCCUUUGCUUUCUCUCUCCCUGCUAACUGCUCUCCUGAGAGCCCAGAGCAGGGAGCCUCUUAGCCAAGAAGCCAUGGAGUGGGUGGGGGUGGGGUGGGGCCUUGGGGGGGCAGGGGUGGGCAAUGGGGGGACGUGGGGGGGCCAGGGAGGGUUUAGCCACAGAUGUGUUGUAUUUUUUGAAAGUGCAAUAACUUGGUAUUUUGAAGACUCGGCAUGUGGCCAGGCCCCCCCCACCCCACCCCCCCAGCAGGCGGGGGCCCCAGGGCGUGGCACCGUGUGGCGUGGUGGGGGGGUGGGUCUCAGUUUUCUAGCCAGCUACCUCGGUAACUCCAAUUCAGGUUAACUUCCCUAGGGAACAGCGCAGGUGUCCAUGGACACCGCCUCCUCGGCGGGGUGGGGGCCGCCACUUCGGAGGGGUGGCACGGACCUGCCUGGCCUCUCCAUUUGGGGUGGUUCCUCCCCCCUCUUCUUGCUCUUGGGUUUUCCGACGGGUACAAGGCCUGCCUGGCUCCCCCCUCCCCCGGGAGCCUCACUCUGGUCUUCCAACAGGACUGGGCGUCAGCUCCCCGCCCAGCCCCACCGGCCCCCCAGUGGCUCCCAGCCUUGGGGGGUGGUCCAGUGACCAUGGGGGUUCCCGCAGCGGCCCCAGAUGCCUCCACUGGGUGCCCGACCCCCUGCCCAGCACCCUUGUCCCCUGGAGGCCACACCUGGUUCUCCAAGACCGCCUGUGCCCGCCUUUCUUUUUUGCUUUUAUUCUUCCCUGCACCCCUCACCCUCAGACCCCAGAAUAAUUUUUCUUUGUAUGAACAGAACUCUCCUAGUCAGGAAGCAAUAUCAUUUCAGGUCUAGAGAAGAAAGGGACGUAAAUCUGGUCGAGGGCAAAUUCAGUUUUGCUGUAUAAACUCGGUUGUGCAGUUCGGCCCCCCCUCCGUCUGCACCGGCAGCCGAGGGCCGCUGUUUUCUAAUAUUUGUAUUCUAAUUUAAUUGUUUUUUAAAAACGCAAAUAAAAAAGUCAAGGUGAAGCUAC